GUGUUCGUGCGGAACUCGGUAUUCCUCGUUACAGUUUCGACAUUUUCCGCGUGCACAUCGGAUCCUGUCGAUAGUGAAUUAGAGCUGAUUUUCGUCCCCCUCGUUCUCCGUGUUGUUGUCCUCGGUGACGCGACGGAGGUGUAGCCUGACGCGGUCUCUUACGUGUCGGACUGAAUAAAAGUGGAGCUCCGAGGGCCCGGGAGUGACGAGCAGAGUCUGUGUCGGGUGAUCUAAAUGACUAUGGAAGCUGCUGCAGAGGUCCAGCAGGGCGGCGACACAGCUGUUUCCGAGACAGAUACUCAACACAUCGCCACCUUGGCACAGGUCACCAUGGCAGCGGGACAGGGCGGCGCGGGCAGCAACACGGUAACUCUGGUGCAGCUGCCCAACGGACAGACGGUCCAGGUGCACGGCGUCAUCCAGGCCGCACAGCCCUCUGUCAUCCAGUCCCCACAGGUGCAGACCGUACAGAUCUCCACUAUAGCGGAGAGUGAGGACUCCCAGGAGUCUGUGGAUAGUGUGACGGACUCCCAGAAGCGCAGAGAGAUCCUGUCUCGACGUCCCUCCUACAGGAAGAUUCUGAAUGACCUGUCGUCUGACGCUCCGGCUGUUCCGCGAAUAGAAGAGGAGAAGUCUGAGGAAGACUGUGCCCCUGCCAUCACCACGGUUACAAUGCCCACGCCCAUCUAUCAGACUAGCAGCGGCCAGUACAUUGCCAUCACUCAGGGCGGGGCUAUCCAGCUGGCCAAUAACGGCACAGACGGGAUGCAGGGGCUGCAGACGCUGACCAUGACCAACGCCGGGGGCGCCCAGCCCGGAACCACCAUCCUGCAGUACGCCCAGACCAGCGACGGGCAGCAGAUCCUCGUGCCCAGCAACCAGGUGGUGGUGCAAGCAACCGGAAUGAGCUCCCCCUUCUCUACGGAGGGCAUCAGCGAGUGGAAUUCUGACGAGGGAGCUAACCGUUGUGCCUAUGUUUUGACUAACAUACCUUCAGCGUCCGGUGAUGUUCAGGCCUACCAGAUCCGCACGGCCAACACCAGCGCCAUCGCCCCCGGCGUCGUCAUGGCGUCAUCCCCUGCCCAGCCAGCAGAGGAGCAGACGCGCAAGAGGGAGGUUCGCCUCAUGAAAAACAGGGAGGCAGCGCGGGAGUGCCGUCGCAAGAAGAAGGAGUACGUGAAGUGUUUGGAGAACCGCGUGGCCGUUCUGGAGAACCAGAACAAGACCUUGAUCGAGGAGCUGAAAGCACUCAAGGACCUGUACUGCCACAAGUCUGAGUAGUGGCCAGCAGGGGGCAGUCUGGAGCCACCCGAGACAGAGACUCGCACAGGCACACCAGACACACUCCUUUUCUAAUUCUCUCGCUUUCUUAUAGUUUCUUUUUAACCUUUUUUUUUUUUUUUUUAAAGAACACCACAAUAAUGGUCUCUAAGGAAAUGAACAGAAAUUGGUUGUGAGUUAGAAUGGAGGGAGGGAGAGAGAGAGAGAGAGAGAGAGAGAGGCAGGACGGAGGAGGAGGAACUGUUUGUAUGAGCAGUUUGUCCUCUAUCCUAAUGACGAGGAAGGCCGCUGUUUUAGAUCAUGAAGAUGUGAUGAAGACUGUGAGGAGGAGGAUGAUGAUGGUGUUGAUUUGGCCUGUUAGUUUUCUCUCUCACUCUCGCUCGCUCUCUCUCUCUGACCGAGAGGGGGGGUGAGAUUCCAGAAAGAGCCCCCUCCAAGGAAAACCAUGGCAACGGAACCACAGAGGACUUGUGUGUGUUACUGCCACUCUGCAGAGGCUCUGUGUGUGUGUGUGUGUGUGUGUGUGUGUGUGUGUGUGUGUGUGUGUGUGUGUGUGUGUGAAUGUGUGUGUUUGUGUGUCUAGAUGGUACACGCAGAAAUAGGAGUCCACAUCCUUAAAGAAAGUGGUGCAGUUAGAGAUCUGCUGUCCUAGCCUCUUUGGCUGAGCGGAAGUGUGUGUGUGUGUUUUUUUUUUGUGGCGGUGGUGUUCAGGAUGUGGUGUGUGUGUGUGUGUGUGUGUGCGAGAGAGAGAGAGAAUGAGCAGAGGAGUGUAUUCUACUGACCGGCUGGAGUCAGGGCUCCUCCAUGCGUCCCCAGCGCUCAGUGCUCUUAUGGAGGGACAGGCGGCCAUUUUAGCUCAGUCCCAUCUGGUUCCAAGAAGAUCGCUCCUGCCACAGGAGAGACAGACGGCCAUUUUGGCUCAGUUUCAUCUGGUCUCAGAAGCAUCACUGCUGUCAUAGGGAGAGAGACGGCCAUGUUGGCUCAGUCCCAUCUGGUUUCCUAGAGUUGGGUACUGUGAGAGGAGAGGUGGGAGGGAGGGAUGGAUGUUUGUUCUGCUGGCCUCCUAAUCGCUCCUGUUUUAAUGCCUGUGUUACUAACACUUAACUCUUGUUUGUUAAAACUGCAAUCAGAUAAGAAUCAUGUACUUUGUUAAUCUCAGUUGCUUUCUUAUGUACCGUAAGAUUUCUUUUUUUUUGGCUUGUAUUGUAUGUUCUUUUGAGAAGAAAAAAAACUGCACCAUUGCUUUUGUUACAAACGCCAUGCUAAGGUGGAUUGGGGGAGGGAGGGAGGGGGGGGGUGGGGUUGCGUUGAUUUUUUUCAGAGUGUUUGGGCGAUCCACAUUAGAACCACCAUCACCACUGCAGCUCAUCCUGCGAACAUGGAUCCAGCCGAGAACCACAGCGCGUACACACACACACACACACACACACACACACACCUACCUACCUUCAUCAGCACUCAUGGGCGAGUCAUCACCCUCUCCACCUGCCCAGCCCCUCUGCUCAUCGCCCAGUGGGACGGACCUGCGGGACCCUCCUGAUUGGACAGUGGAAUGCUGUGUUAUAUUACCCCUUUGUUUGUCCUUUAUUAUAGCCAUCUGUUCAGUUGGAUAUGAAUUAUUUUUAAAAUAACCUUUUUUUUUUGGGAGAGGGGGGCUUUUUCCAUUUAUAUUGUGUAUACAUUGUAUUUUUAAAUGUGCCACGAGUCACCUGUAUGUGAAGCGAAGCAACAAAAUCUGUACUGGAGCAGUUUAUUCAACAAUUACAUUUUGGCAGCUGUUGAUAA